AUGCCACCCAUGGCGACAUCGUCUGCAAAACGCAAGUGGUCUGAUGUCUUUGAGGAGACAGAAGUCUAUGACAAGCAGUCUAUUAUGGAUCUGUGUGCUUCUAAGUUGCGCUAUGUAAAUCCACCUCGACCACCACGAAGGCGAACAGAGGUUUCGCUGCUGCGCAAUGUUUUGAUUGUGAAUACAGUAAAGCAUUUGUCUUCAGACACUAGGACAGACAGCCAGAUGGAGCUCAGCACUGAAGACCUUAGCAUUGACCCCGGCCACUUUGAAGGUCUGCCCCCUCUGUCUGAGCUACUUAAUGACAUUAUGUUAGAUCCUCAACCAAAUGAUCCAGCCAGUUCAUUUACAUGGACAGCUGUAGACGGCUGCCCUGUCCAGACACCACAAGGAUCAGACAUGAGCCCAUACAUGGAAACUGCAGAUGAAGCCGCUGGAAUUAGUGAAAACAAAGUUGUUUAUGAUCUUCUGCCUUCAACUUGCGGAAUUGAAGCAGAUGCCUCACACCAAUCACAGCAGUGGGGCAUACCAAACAGUCACAGUCAGGACAAUUUUUCAUGGGAACUGCCCUGUACCUCAGAUCAGCAGUCAUCGUGGGAAUCUCCAUGUGAUUCUAGUAUGUUAGAUUGUUUAUUAUCCAGUGCCUCCAUUCAUCAGCCUUCAAAUGAUUCUCUGGAUGUUUUGAUGACUGAUCGAGCAUUCCAGCCAACCAAUGGUCCCUUACCUUCGAUCAGUUCGCUGUUUGAGUCCUCCCGCAAGACAUCUUUACCAGGCCUGUUAGAAUCUUCAUCUUUGCCUGGAGUUUCAUCCUUUAGUAGUGGCACACAACCAUCACACACACCAGCAGUGAGCACCACACAAACAGAUGACUUGCUAGGUAACGUCAACCUGACCGACUCCGAACUGGAGCUCCUUGCCAUGACAUUCUCCUCAAAACUGCCUGCAUCUUUUGAAGAUCUUGUACUGGCUUUACCUCAAACAGCUUUGCUGCAACAAGUUUCUCAACCGUCACACACAUUCUGUAUGCCUUCCUCGGUACAGAGCACCAUUGGAGUAUAUAACGAUACUCAUUCUUCAUCUAGUAACCAGUGUGCAAGUUUCUGUCAGCCUGCUCCUAGUUUAGAUGACAGCGGCAUGGUACGAGUUUUAGUCAACCUCUGA